GCAGCCCACAUCCACCCCGUUGUAUUAUAUAGAUCCCUCAUCCCACCACCACCCUGCCGCAACAGCACCGCUUCUUCCUGCAAACACCUCCCCAGAUCUGCCCACCCAUCUGCAUCAAUCGCAUCCGCCAAUACAGCGCUAUCCUUCAUCCAACAGCGUCAGGCCCUUUCUUUCCUCCAGCCAGCAGCCCCAAGCCAGUCCUACAAGCCCACACGCCAGCCCCACGUCCUGUCCUCGGCCAUGCCUUCGUCCAGUAUCCGUGAGAGCCCUCUCCCUCGUCCGAGCUCCGCAACCAAUCUCCCCGACAAGCAGCGCCGUUCCACGCCCCAGAGCUUCCAUGUCUCUGCGCCCUCGCUGUCGCCAAGACACCGCCCUGCCGAAGAGGAGGAUAUAUUCAUGCCUGCUCCCCGCAAGGUUGCUCCCGUCCUGUUCUUUGCCAAGGGCGAUGACGGCGCACCCGGUUCCCACUCGGAUUCGGCAAAGUCCGACUCGCACCUUCCUUUUCCCCUGAUUCCCUCGCCUGAGAUUGUAUCGUCGAGUCGGCUGUCGUUCACGCGCAGAAUCCCAACCGCCUCGCGGGCCUUCUCAUGGCGUCCCUCUGACAACGACUCCCAGACCGACGACGAAACGAGCCAGAUCCCUCCGUCGCCGUCCUUCAGCAUCCGCCGACACACCGCCUCAGUUGCACCCAUGACGCCAGCCCUGAAGUGCUCGUUCCUGGAGCCCAGCGACGACGGCUGCCCCCUGGUCAGUCCCCCCAGCCGCCCCGUCAACCGCUUCCUUGCCCCCGAUGGCGCCAAGGCAGGGUCGGAGGCCUCGGGCGACUGCCGCUCGCAAACGGAGGAGCGAGUCUUCCGCGGCCGCUCCAAGUCGGUCGCCGAUGUCGGCAACCAGCUGCCGUACACGCUCAUCUGAAGAGGCUCGAUCGGAAGCCUCGCCUGUGCCAUGUGCCGCCCUGGGGGUGGCUUUGCGCUGUUGUUUUGAUCGCCUGCUCGGCUGAGGAUGAAGUGCCGGUAGAUUUUUGUAGUGCCCUUUCUCGAUCUU